AUGGAUGUGUACAAAAGGUACGCUUCUCGCGAGCACAAUGUGCCUCUUCUUGGAACUGCUGGCCCUCGACAGGAACCAGAGAAAGUAGACUCAUCCAAACAAGACCACCUACAACAAGCAGGAUCCAAAAAUGAGCUCAGUAAUCCACCAGGCGGUGCAUUAGAUGGAACCACAACGUCCUCUGGUAUUGAACUUGCGCUUGUUCUUGGCCAACAGGGAACUAUCAAUAAUCACAAUAUUGAUAACAACAACAUGACUAGUGCUAACAAGUCUCGCUUAUCACUCUCCACACACCUGCCAACUGCUGGAACUUUCCCACACAACUCUAGUCCUAGUAGUUCACAUACUUCCAUCCAACAAUGGCUUGAUGUGUUCCCACACGCUGUCUAUUUCGAAGGUACAGACGAGCUUUUUGGGAAAAUUGUCAUCAUGGUGUAUUCCCAUCCACAUUCACAUAAGACGUCAACCACUUCAUUUACCAAGUUUGGGACUAUCACAUAUGAGAAUUUGAUUCUUGAUGCAAGAUCCAGAUUCUGGCCCAGUUGUGAAAAUUUAUUACCAAUGUAUCAAAAACUGAAUGUUCGUAGGGCAUUAGCCAUUACCAAUUUGAAGAAUUACAACAGAUUGGCCAAUGCCACAUAUGGUCAUAAACAUAUGAAUAGUCAUUGGGAUGAGACUACUGCUGGGAAUUUUGCCAAUAAUAUGGUUUUAAUCUCGAGGUUCAAGCCAUUGGACUUGGGUCUUCAACUCAUGGAAAUGGGGUUAUUACAAGCCCAUCUUGUUAACUCCAUUGUAUUGGACGUUGUAUAUGACAAUGGAGAAGAUGUAUCAGCUCAAACAAUCGAAGAGAAUAACCAAAUCGUGUUCCUUUUGGGCCAACAAUUAGAUCAAUUGUUCGAUCCACUAUUGGAAUAUUCUCCUGAAGUGAUGGAUAUAAAUUACCGAGCUCCUACAACAAAUACUACCUACCCUUUGGUAAAUGAUAGUCCUCUUAUUGCAUCCAUCAUCGAUGAACUUAUCACCGUUCAAACUAACUAUACAAUGUCACUUGUAUCGCUUCUUCAAGACCUCAUCAUUCCAUUACGUAUUUCCAUCCUUUCAGCCUCAGCAAAUGAUGGGAUUAUGAAAAUAAAUCAAGUGUUUCCUCCAACUAUAGAUGAGGUUACUAGAAUCAAUUGCAUACUCUUGGAUUCACUUGUGAAGGCAUCUAAACAUGGCCCUCAUGAAGUGUUCAAGGUCAUGGGGAUGGUGUUACCAUAUUUCUAUAAACCAUUCAUUCGUCACGAAGCAAAUGUGAAACAAUUCACUCAAAAGUUGAACAGAUUUCACGCGAAGAACAUUGAUAAUGUGUUUGAAAAUCCUCAAAUUAAUCAAGGGAAUUAUACAACUCGUGAGAUUGAUACAAUUGUACGAGGAUCACUUCUUGAAUUAUCGAAGAUAAAAAUGAUUUUGAAGAGAUUAUAUGAAGAGGUCAAUAAUAGCGAAGACGUCGAUACAUAUUAUCAGGCGGCAAUUGGUGUAUGUGACGCAUUUGGAUAUGAAGAUGAAGCUUCAAAACCACAGACUUCUCAAAGAAUAUUCACACCAACAGGGAAGAUUUUGACGGAGGUUGCAUCUAAUUGGCCAGCAGAAUUACAAUAUGGAUGGCUUUCACGCAAAGUUGUUGGUAUUUACGAACUUCGAAACGUGAAAAAUCAUGCAGAGGACUUUGCAAUUGAUGUAUUAAUCAUAUUUCUGGACCAUCUUCUCUUUCUCACCGUUACAGACAAGGAGUACAAUGCUGGAAGUACCACUGUAAAGAAUCUUUCUGUGGCAGAUAUUCUCAUCCACGCUAUGGUGAACGAAAAACCGCUUCCACAACUGCUCCCAUCAAUGGAGGUGAGUAGUUGGUGUGACAUCAACGAAGUGGUCGUUAGUAGCUAUAAAAGUGUAACAGAGAAAGAAGUAGAAGGUGAUUAUCUAAGAUUCUUUGUAACAGACAAGGAAGGAUUCAAGCAAAGGGGAACUGCAUCACGUGUAUUUAGCACAUCCUACCAAGUUCUUCAAAGUGAUACCCUCAAACCAACUGUUCAAAUCAUCGAACUUAUAAAUAAGGCCAAAAUUCUCAACAAAAACCAACCAUUCCAUCUUUUCAAGACUGUUGGCAAGGAUUUGACAAUGUACUCCACAGCUCAUGAUUGUGCAGUUUAUAAAGCCGAACAAUGCAAGUCUCCAUUUGUUCUUUUCUUAAAUCUUCCAACUGAAAAAACUCGUGAUUUCUUCAAAUCCCACCCAGAGAUUUUUGUCAUGUUCAAUAUUUCCUUCAUUAACGAACAUAGGCUUCAUUUAGAAGGGUACAACAGGACUGGAGGACUUCAAAUUAGUGAAAUUGUACUGCUGGCAGACUUACAAGAAUACAUAGUGGACUUGAUUGCAAAAUGCUUCCUCUCAUACGUCAAUUUUUAUAAUGAUUCAGUGAGAGGAAAUUUGAUUGAAAGUUACCGUUCAGAUAUUGAAUUCUACCUUGAAGGUUUUGUACAUCGUGAGGUUAGAGUAGGUAUUCCACCACCCAUCCCAUCCGUUACUGAUGGAUUAGCAAGGAAACCGACCCAUCAAAGUUUGGUUCAAUCUAUUCCUGAAGUUUACAUGGAGAAGUACAUAAUGGGAAGAGCUCCGAAGAAUGUCGAGGAAGAGAUUAGAGGGAGGAGUUCACCUGCUGUAGAUGCUCCAGAAACCUAUACUACUAGAAAGAGAAAGGCACAAACAGCCCCAGUCGAGAGCCCAAAAAAGAAGAGGAAAUCCUUCUUCCGUAGAAUCCUUGGAAUAUUCAAAAAGGAUAAGGAGGUCAAACCUAGACUGGCCAAACCUAACUCCACUACUCGUGACAGAGGGAGAGUAUCAUCUACAAUUAGAAGACCACAAAUUCAUCAACAACCUGAGCCUCAAGUGAUCCCUGAAGUGGAGCAUUUGUAUCAACCUCAACCCGCAAUAAGAAAAAGAAUAAGUCUGUAUAACUUGCAACAUAAUCCUCCAACUCAGGGAAAUGAUGCCAGAGAAGAAAAAUUUACGGCCCAACAAGCACCUAUAAUCUUUGAUACCCCAAACCCCAACCAGGACAACUUCAAUCAACUUGAUGCUCCACCACAUGUUCCCCAUUCUGCCAUCGAGGAAAACACCAUACCCGACGUGACCGCGCAUCCAGUUGGUCCAGUUGGCCAACAAUAUAUACCCGUUGGCCAACAAAACGCCUCUGCUCCACCAAUGCAUCGUUCCAUGACAGAGGAAAAUGUCAUCAGCCUUGAUAGAAUUCAAAGUCACAGUUACAGAAACAAAUUGAACCGCUUUUUAGAUCUGGAUGUACCUACAGUUGCUGGAGAGCUUGAUCUUACGCGAGCAUUCCUGAAGGAACUUUAUCGUGAUGGACAAGCCAAUUGGGUAACUAUCACUCGUGAGAAUUCAUCACUCUUGGAUGCUGAAAUUAGAGCAUUAAAGGAAGAUGCCAAUAUGGAUACUUUGGAUGUGAUUGAUGUUCGUGGGGGUAGCGAAGAGGAAGACUCAACCGCGAACAAUACACCUGCUACUGAUGAAACCAAUUCUACAUUUGAAACAUCUGUCAAGGUAGUUACCAUCCCAUCAAGGGUAUUUUCAGUCAAGCGGGACAUAUCAACUAGAUCACUAGACAGCGUUGAAGUAAUGGAACAGUUCGAGAGAGACAUAGAUAAGAAAUUUAGUGCUUUAGAUAUUGUCAGCGAAGAUGUGACAGCGGAGGAUCUGAAUGAAUUCUACUUUGGAGGAAGAAACUCUCUGACAUCUUCACCAGAAGCGAGAGAGACUUUUUUAAGUGGAAGACCUGCGACUUCCUUGAUGAAUGAAAGAAUUUUCCACGUACCCAAAGAGACUGAUCCAGGUUUUACAACCAAGGCAAACGAGGAAACCACCGACACCAAAGCCCCGACAGGGACCAAGGAUGAGCCAUACCAAGUAGCUGAUAUGGAUUCUCUUGAGGAGGUAGAUGACCAUGAUGAAACUCCUUACAGAAGCCCUUUGAUGUAUCAAAAGGAUAAAUUCGUGUGCGCCUCAUCGUCCGAGGAGUUUUACUCACCAGACGAAGAGGCACAAGUAGUGGACCAUAAGGCGUGUACAUCCAUUUCGAGUGAUGCAACCGUUACCAAUGAAAAGGGUGCAAUCAAUCCCAAGGAGACCGUACCACCGUUACCAAUCUGUAAGGAGUUACUGCACAAUGGGCAGCCACUGCAAGAUAUUGCACAUCAACCAGAGUCUGUGAGUUACUUGUCUGACCUUCUUGAAGGAACGCUUAGAUUUGAUUACGAAUUCGAAUCUUCGAACAAUAGCAUUGUUCGCGAGGCAUCAGAGGUUCCUGAUAUUCCAGAGGCUUCAGAAGAACCAUCACCACCUCCUACAACCAUCAUACGAUAUCAACUACCGGUACAUGAAAGUCCUUCCUUGAUUUACUUAGGGAAGAUCAUUCAUAGCGGCAAGACUGUACGUAAGGAAAUGAACAAAAUUGUUCAAUAG